AUGAAGCUCAAACCCGACAUUAUCUCCUACAUUCUCUUCACCACAGCCGCGGUUGGUGGUGUCCGUGCACUCAAGUUCCCCCACCGUGACCUCCCGUGUGGAACUGUCGAUGGAGGCGAUACCGUCAUCUGUCCCCGCGGCCAAAUCUGCGAACUAGCUCUCUCCCCCAGCCUCAAAACCUGCCACCCCUCCCCCCCAACUCUCCUCCAACCCCGCUCAGCCCCCGUGACAUACUCGACCGACGGCUCCUGUGGCCCCGCGAAUGGAAAUACGGUAUGUGAUCCGAACGCGAUGGGAUACACUGGCACGUGUUGUUCGGAGUAUGGAUGGUGUGGGGAUGGGGAUGCUUAUUGUGCGGUGUCGAAUGGGUGUCAUACUGGGUUUGGGACGUGUACGAUGGUACCGACGACGGAUGGAACUUGCGGGCCGGAGGUUACUUGUCAGGGAUGGCCUCAGGGCGAAUGUUGUUCUGAGUAUGGGUGGUGUGGGGAUACGGAUGCUCACUGUCUUGUCGCGAAUGGAUGUCAGAGUGGGUGUGCUGAUGGUUCGUCGCCCACUUCGACUACGACCAUGAAUAUGCCUCCGGCUACCUCGACGGCUGCUGCUCCCGCUUCUACGAUGAAGGCUACUACUGAUGGUACCUGUGGACCUGAUGUUUCUUGCGAGGGAUGGCCUCAAGGAACAUGUUGUUCAGAGUACGGCUGGUGCGGCAACACCGACGCUCACUGCCUCGUCUCCAACGGUUGCCAGAACGGAUGCACCGAUGGUUCUCUUACUACGAUCUCCUCGACGUCGACUGCGCCUGCGACUACUAUGGCGGUGACUACGGAUGGAACUUGUGGUCCUGAUGUUUCCUGCGAGGGAUGGCCUGAGGGGACUUGUUGCUCUCAGUAUGGGUAUUGUGGGAACACGGAUGCACACUGUCUCGUCUCCAACGGAUGUCAAAAUGGAUGUAUCUCCCCAAGCUUCACCUCGACCAGCCCUACUACAUCUGCGUCAUCGAUUAGUGGGAGCACGGCGCUACCGAGCGGGUACACGUAUACUACUGAUGGUUCUUGUGGUGGUACUGUUAUGUGCGGUGAUUGGCCUCAGGGAGGGUGUUGUUCCCAGUACGGAUACUGUGGAGACACGGAUUUGCAUUGUCUUACCUCGAAUGGAUGUCAGUUGAACUGCACGGACUCGACCACUUCUGGUCCUACCUCGUCUUCCACCGCAACUGGCGGCGAAGGCACGAUCUCGGGUCCGCAGGGAAGUGGUGAAAGUGCAAGCCCUGAUGCUUCUGUCACCACUGACGGAACUUGUGGUGCCAUGUACAACUACACCGUCUGUGGCGACUGGGCCGGUCCGGGAAGUUGUUGUUCCAUGUAUGGUUUCUGUGGUGAUACCUCCGCUCACUGCGGUGCUGGUUGUCAAUCCGGAAACUGCACCAGCGAACCCGAUACAUUUUACCAGCCUGUUCCUGCUCCUCAAGCCACCGGUGCCGCUGCCGGUUCGUUCGAGAUUGUUGGGAUGAGUGGAGCACCGGCGAUGCAUGCGGGUGUUAUGCCGAACGGGAAGGUUAUUUUCUUGGAUAAGGUUGAGAAUUAUACGCAGGUCAAGUUGAGUGAUGGGCAGUAUGCGUAUUCGACCGAGUAUGACUUGGAGACGAAUACGUAUUUGCCGUUGCAGUAUGAGACGAACGCAUUUUGUUCUGGUGGUGCGUUCUUGCCGAAUGGUGUGUGGGUCUCCGUUGGUGGUAAUGCGCCGUUGUCUGAUAUUGACCCUACCGUCGGUGAUGGAUUCACAGGUAUUAGGUAUCUCGACCGCACGGAUGAUUCGCAUGCCGGUCAGCCCUGGUCUGAGCCGGGAAACAAGUUGAGUACGGCCAGGUGGUAUCCGACGGUUCAGACACUUCCAGAUGGGAGGUUGUUUGUCUGUUCUGGGAGUUUGAAUGGACUUGAUCCAACUGUCUCCAGCAACAAUAACCCGACUUGGGAGGUUUUGAGUGCGGAGGGAAUCAGUACUGGCGAGUCGGUUCCGAUGGAUUUGUUGAUCAAGGCUCAGCCUUAUUACAUGUACCCAUUCAUCCACGUACUCAAGAGCGGAAACCUCUUCGUCUUCGCCAGCAAAUCCAGUGAGAUCUUCGACGUCGACACCAAUGCCACCGUCAAGUCCCUCCCUGACCUCUCUGGCGACUACCGCACCUACCCCAACACCGGCUCUUCCGCCCUGCUCGCGCUUUCGUCGGCGAAUAACUGGGAAAGUGAGAUCGUUAUUUGCGGUGGUGGAGCGUAUCAAGAUACUUCGUCACCGUCUGAUCCGUCAUGUGGUCGUAUCAAGCCUGAGGAUGAUGUUCCAGUUUGGGAGAUGGAUUCCAUGCCCGAGGGACGUGUGAUGGGUGAAUGGGUUAUGUUGCCAACCGGCGACCUCAUCCUCCUCAACGGCUGCAAACUUGGCGCACAAGGGUUCGGACUUGGUCGUGCUCCAGACUAUGGCGCCUUGCUUUACCAACCCAGCAAACCCCUUGGAUCCCGUUGGACCAGUUUGGCGAGUUCGACGAUCGAGCGAUUGUACCACUCCGUUGCUCUGUUGUUGCCCGACGCGACUGUCAUGGUGUCCGGUUCAAACCCAGUUGAACAGCCGAUGUUGGAGCCGGAUGCCGCGAAUCCGUAUGUUACGCGUUUCGAGGUCGAGAUUUUCACGCCCUUCUACGGUAUCACAACGCGCCCCGUCAUCAACUCUCUCUCAUCCUCCACCAUUACGCCAGGCGGCGAUAACUUCACCAUGUCAGUCAACGUCCCCGCCGGCGCCAGCCCAGCAGAUAUCAAAGUCUCCUUGUACCACGAGGGCUUCGUGACGCACAGCGUACACAUGGGUACGAGAUUGUUGUUCUUGGAUAUCACUGUCAGUAAAGAUUUGAGCACGAUUGAGAUUGCGCCGCCGCCGAGUUUGAAUGUCGCGCCCCCGGGACCGUAUAUGGUUUUCUUGAUCGUGGAUGGGGCGCCGAGUGUUGCUGAGAUGGUGAUGGUUGGAUAG